AUGGCGCGCAAAGCAAUCCAAACGGACCAAAUCGUCAAACUCAUCGUCGGCGCAGGCCAAGCUUCGCCUUCACCACCCGUCGGUCCCGCCCUCGGUUCCAAAGGUGUAAAAUCUAUGGAUUUCUGCAAGGAAUUCAACGCACGCACAUCAAACUACCUCCCCGGCACCCCCAUCCCCGCCCGCGUAACAGUCCGCCCCGACCGCUCCUUCACCUUCGAACUCCGCACCCCACCCACCGCAUCCCUCCUCCUCGCCGCCGCGGGCGUGGAACCGAAAAAGAACAAAUUACGCGGCGCGGGCAAUGUCGCCGGCCCGAAUUCCAAAGCCGGAAUGAGUGGGUUGGGAAAGGCGUCGGGUGGGCAAUUGGCUGCUGGGAAUGGAGGUUUGGGCGUCGUGGGAACGGUCAGUUUGAAACAUGUUUUUGAGAUUGCGAGGAUUAAGCAGGGGGAGGAGAGGUUGAGUGGGUUGACGUUGGAGGGGGUGGCGAGGAGUGUGGUUGCUCAGGCGGGUAGUAUGGGUGUUGUUGUUGUGCCUUGAUUUUGGAUGGGGAGGGAAGGAUUAUCAAGACACAAUCAUGACGACGAGGAGGAGGUGAGAUGGAUGUUGAGAGAAGGGAGAGAGGGAGAGAGGAAUAAAAGGAACACGAGAGGAAGACGCCCUUACUUGUCUUGAGCAGAGAGCGAGAGAGACUGCAA